GGAUCGAAGCUGGAGAUACCCCUGUGGCUUGCUAAAGGGCUGCACGACAGCAAAAGAAGAAUCAUUUCCGUGGAACUGCCAAAGAUUUACAAGGAAGCCUGGAGGACGGUGUUCAGCGCUGACGCCAAUGUGGUUGAUCUGCAUAAAAUGGGGCCGUACUACUACGGGUUUGGCUCCCAGCUCCUGAAUUUUGACAAUCCAGAGAAUCCUGAGAUAGCUCAGACUAUCCUGCAG